AUGGCGGUCAUGGGCAGCGACUCUGUGAUGAAACCAACGACUCCAACCAUGCUUACAAUGUUUGACACACCAACGUGCAACGAUAGCCCAUCUUUUGCAGAUAUUUCUAUACAGGAGCACGAGCCAUAUAGUAAUGCAGGUGGAAACAAGCAAGCUACAGGCAUGGAUGUCAAAUCGGUAUUCGACUCCUCUAGUACCGAUGAUUUCUAUCAUGACGCUGAAGACGAAUGCAAUGAUGUCGCACACAAGAACACGAGAGAGUACCCGACUAGGUCAAGAGCACAUCAUUCAUGGGAUGAAAAGAAGGAAAUGGUUCAUCAAUUCUGGCGGAAGAUCGUCGAUAAAGUGAUGAGGGUCAUCAAUGAGCAUAAUGCUGCCCACUUGACCUUGGAAUUUGCGCGAACGGAAGUGGAGUAUGUGCUUAUUUACAGGUUCACGCCGCUCGGAAUCUUGAUGAUGAUGUUUGGGCUGUCAUUUACAACUAUCGGCUUAAUGAUCGGGGCGCAUGAGUUGACUUCAUACAUGCCGUACGACGUGAGAUUAGCGCUCCGUAUGACCUCUGCAUCUUAG